GGAAUUGAGGCACUGAAGGCAGUGAAUUUCGCAAGGAAUGGCGUAUUAAUAUUCAGUUGACAUUCAAAGGCAAUCCGUUGACAUGUUUGUGUAUUUCCUGCUCAUCUCUGUGCUCAUCCCAGCCCUGAGUGGCGCUAGGUUGGAAGUCUGUGUCUGCUGUUCUGAAAAUACUGACCAGACGAUUUCGGAACAAUGUGAAAUUCCCGCAAAAAGUCUCACUGAAGAUGAAGUGGUGACUCUGCAUAAGCUGUGUCGCGAGCAGAAAGCUCUUCAAGAUCAAUUCACAGAUUCUUACGGAUAUCGUCAAUACGAUGCGCCGCAAUAUCUCAACUACAUUUCACUGCAAAAGUCUAUUGUUCGCAAGCCGCGGUUGCCAAUCGAAGACUGCGAGAGUGUGAAGGAAGGCAAAUGGUUCUGGAUACCAGGAAAGAAUCAAUGGACCGGCAGAAAGUACAGAGAUGAUUCAUAUUUGCUAGCUCGCAAAAUUGUGAUGUCAAAUGACACAAGUCAGAGCAUUUACCAGUUCUUGGGCUUCAAUGGUUUAUACAACAACGUGCCUUUCAGUUCGAAUCCAAUCUUGGAGAUCUUCAAUGGAACUUACGAGUUUCUGCUGCGAAUAACGCCAGCUGAGCAAACAUUGCAUGACAUCAAAUUCACAGGGUCCCGAAUUGUUGAUUACACUAAAGAGUUUAUGACCUUUGGGAGAAUCUACCUCAAUAGCGGUUGGAUUCCUUACAACUACAAGAACUACAUCACAACACCCAAAAGGACGUAUUACAGUUUAAAUAAGAAACUAACAGACAAUUCCCACUUUGUGAUUCACGAUGAGAAUGAUGUCUUCAACAUGGGCACCGAAGAUAGCAGCAAGACAUUAAGAGAAGAUCUAGAAGUUAAGGAAAUUAACACAUUUACGGAGGAUUUCAUUCACGAUGGAUAUUCAAGGGGCAAAUUUUAUGGACAUUUCGUCAACACUGAGAGCAAAUUCACAGCCAAGCUGAGAAGUGGUUUCUUUGCGGGACGUUCUGAAGCUAUUUUCACAACUGAAGAAGAGGUUGAGGGAUCAAAAAUGGUGUCUGAAAUUGAACUGAUGGAAACGGAGUUUGAGUUUGCAGAACCUACACUUGAGGUCAAUGAUCAUGUAAUUGCUGGGCUGCUCUUCACUCUGGCCGCAGUGCUGACCAUUUGCCUCAUCUUCUUUGUGCUGAAGAAAGCCUGUUGCUGUUGCUGCAGAGACAGAGUCACAACAGGCUAUCAGAGGAUGGAAGAGAGAAUUGUAGGAUAAUUGUAGAACAUUC